GCAGCCACCGGACAGUGCGAAGCCUGAACUGACUGAUUUCCUGCUCAAGAGAGAUUAUACUGGGGCUGUGGCUGUACUAGAGUUCGAGAAGGCUAUUGGUGAAGAGAGGCCUGCCUCAUCACUCUGGUUAGCCUUCUGUUACUUUCAUAUUGGACAAUACACUAAGGCUAUCGAGAUCUAUGAUAACAUACUCAAUGAUG